AUGAGAAUUGUGCUUGUCGUAGCACUUCUCACUAUGUUCAGUGCCCAUCAAGCUAGCGCAGCCUUGCGACGGUUUAACCUCGACAUCAGCUGGGGAAAGAUCAACCCCGACUGCUUUAUGCAAGAUCUCCCCGCGCCUGUGGUAAAUGGUCAGUUUCCGGCACCCACUCUCUACGCAUUGGACGGCGAUGAAGUUGAAGCCAACGUGUGCAACAAGAUGAACGAUGGGACUAACACGACGAUCCAUUUUCACGGCAUCAAACAAUACGGGACGAGUUAUUCGGACGGCGUGCCGUAUAUUACACAAAAUCCGAUCAAGCCAGGCGAAUGUUUUCUGUAUAAAUUUAAAGUUCUCAACCAAUCGGGAACCUACUAUUACCAUAGCCAUGUGGGAAUGCAAGAUGACACUGUCAGCGGCGCAUUCAUCGUAUAUCCAAACGAAGCAGCACGGCCUGAUGAAAACAACAGCAAUAAGAAGCUUAGAGAUGGUCCUUACGAGUAUGACGAGGAGCUUAUGCUUUACUUUAAUGAAUGGUGGCAUCAGCCGUAUUAUGAGCGCGAAGCUUAUUACUAUGGACCGGACUAUACCCUCGAUUUGGGCUCGGGCAGCAUUCUCAUGAACGGCAGAAGUGUCCAUUUUCCGACCAUGGGCCUAUUCAAGCCAGAUUGCCCGGGUUUUACAGUGCUUCAGGUCGAGCCGGGAAAAACGUACCGGCUACGCAUCAUUGGCGGCCACACAUACCAAAUUUUGGGAUUCGCAAUCGCAGGACAUCAGCUAACGAUUAUGGAAGUGGAUGGCCAACUCACGGAGCUAUACGAUACGGACUACCUCGAAUUGCCUGCUGGCCAGCGUAUAUCGCUUCUCCUCAAGGCGCAUGAUGAAACUAGCGAUCGCAAAAGAUAUACCAUUGCGACAAAUUAUCGCUGGCACCUCAGAAUGCCGCAAUACUCUAACAACGGAUAUGCAUUCAUUGAUUAUCUCGCCAACAAAGCUCUUCAUAGCAUCGUCGACCCGCUACGUAUACCCCUUUUACCACUUACAUCGCUACCCAUUCCCUUCCCCUGGCCCGAAAUGGCAUCCAUCAACGUGCCUGAUCUGGAACGUCGAAUCUUUGAAAGAAAAGAGGCCGACCGCACCAUUAUUAUAAAAUCAGUCCUUAAUAAGAUGCCAGACGGCCGUGCUCGGUUCCGUAUCAACGAUUCGCUCCCACCUAUCGGUGAUCCUGUCACUCCACUCUUAUUUGGUCUUUUAGAACGAUUUCUUCCUGAUAUGGACAUUGAAGCCAUGUCCAUUCUAGCUGACAAUGGCUACUAUGCUCGAAAUCGCACGUUUCACGUCAAGGCGAAUGAAGUGGUUGACGUUGUAUUCCAGGAUAACAGUAUUGGGACGUUCCCUUGUAUGACACAUGCUUGGCAUAUCCAUGGACAUUCGCACUUGCUGAUUGCGCGUGGUGAAGGCUUGUACGACCAUGAAAAACAUAAGGAUCUGCGGUCCUAUCCAAAACCCAUUUUGAAAGACGUCAGUGCGGUCUACGGGACAGCAGUAAUUGAGAAAGAGAAGGAUUCCGAUUAUGCGUUAGAGCACGGUUGUGGCUGGACCAAAGUGAGAAUUUACACGGACAAUCCUGGCUACUGGUUAGUUCAUUGUCAUAUUACACCCCAUAUGUUGCAGGGUAAAUGGGCUCUUCUUGCCGAAUCGCCGGACCUUAUACCCUCCACAUUACGUUAUCCAGCACCAGAACAAUACCACCCAACUGUCGAUUGA